AUGGCGAGCAACCGAAUGCGCCGUAUUGGCAAGGAACUGGCUGACAUCCAUGCCGAUAGCAAGUCUGGUAUUUCUGCUGUCCCCGUGAACGAACAGGAAGAUAUCACCCACCUGCGUGGCUCCUUCCCAGGCCCCCCAGGAACCCCGUACGAGGGUGGUACUUAUUAUGUCGAUAUCAAGAUCCCAACCGACUAUCCCUUCCGCCCUCCUGUCAUGAAGUUUGAGACUAAAGUCUGGCAUCCGAACGUCAGCAGCCAAACGGGGGCAAUUUGCCUUGAUACACUUUCCAGUGCUUGGUCUCCUGUUCUCACUAUAAAAUCAUCUCUUCUAUCUCUGCAAUCUUUGCUCAGCACGCCUGAGCCAAAAGAUCCUCAGGAUGCAGAAGUUGCCAACAUGAUGUUGCAACAACCUCGGGAGUUUGACCGUGUUGCGCGCCAAUGGGCUGUGACAUAUGCAGGCGCUCCAUCUGAUGGUUCGACUAACAGCGGUGAUUCAACUGGACCAGGCCCGCUAGCCAAGUACGUUACUGUUGCUUCCGAGGCCCUCAAAUCUAUGGUUUUAAACCCUUUUCCUAACCUGAACAAUUCCAGGUACGACGGAUACAACAAGGAUCUGGUUGAUCGGUUCGGCAGCAUGGGAUUUGGUGUGGAACAGGUUGUCAGUGCAUUUCGCCAAGUUAAUAUUGAUCGAAACGGUGGCCAGGACUAUGAAUUGACCGCAGGGCAGAUGGGUGAUGUCACUGGUUGUUUGCUCGGGGAGUAA